AUGGCUCGGUCGCGAAGCCGGUCAACCGAGAGCCAGAUCCAGGCAAACUUGUCCAAAGGUAAGAAUAUUGGAAAAGGAAUGAACACGGCUCCCUUGAAUGGAUCUUCGACGCCAGAAGUGAUGCAAAGGUGGACGAAACUGACCCUUUCGACGAGCAGCUUCCUCACGCCCUCCCAAUCCGAUCCCAAGUCCGAUCCCAAAUCCGAAGAGAACCCACAACUGGUGGCUUAUGACCGUAACCAUGGGCCUAUAAAACACCUCGACGCAUCAACUCAUCGCCUCACCAUAAAAUCCGAUUCAUCGCUGUCAUCGGCCCCCAACUCCGAAUAUAUCCUUCCCCAACCCCUCAACACUGUCCUUACACUCUCUGACCUGUCCGCUAAAUUUGACCAGGUCAGUAUCACCUGCGCGCUGCAAUGUGCGGGCAACAGACGGCACGAGAUGCGGGAGCGGCUGGGCGAGGUGAGUGGGUUGGAUUGGGGAGAUGGAGCAGCCAUGAACGCCGAGUGGACGGGGAUGCGAGUGAGGGACGUGUUGGUCCACGCUGGUCUGAGACCUCUGACACCGCGCAAGACCGACGACGACAGUGAGUCCGUAGACCACGAUGAAGAAUUCGAGUCUCAGUACGAGGGACUACAUGUCCAGUUCGCGUGUACCACGCAACCCACCCAGGACGACGACUACUACGGCUCCUCGGUGCCACUGUUUCUCGCGCUCGACCCGGAGCGGGAAUGUCUCCUGGCAACACACAUGAACGGCGAAGCCUUGCCCCCGCGGCACGGCUUCCCCGUGCGCGCCGUCAUCCCCGGCGUCAUCGGCGCGCGGAGCGUCAAGUGGCUCGACUCCAUCGUGGUCGCCGGCGAGGAGAGCACCAACCACUACCAGCGACGCGACUACAAGAUUCUCCCGCCCGAGGCGGACAACAGCACAGAGACAGUGAACGAGGGAGGAAGGGACGAGUUGUGGGAUCAUGUCCCAGCCAUGAUUGACAACCCGAUCAAUUCCGUCGUGGCUGUGCCGGGGCGAGACCGUGACGUGGUUUCAAGGGAUGGAAACGGAUGCGUGCAUGUCAAAGGAUACGCUAUCCCCAAGGGCAAACAUGACAAGGCCCGGAAGGUGAAGUUCACAUGGGUCCUAUGGGAUGUCUAUAUCCCUUGUGAGCCGGGUGACGAUGUCAGCAUUUGGAGCAAAGCGACGGAUCGAGGCGGGAACACCAUGUCAGCAGAGCAGGCGGAGGGAAGUUGGAAUCUUAGGGGCGUGGGGUUUAAUGCUGUCGAAGGACGUAGGGGGAUUAAAAUUUAUGAAUAUCAACUGGAGAGUAGAUGA